AUGGCACCCAUAGUCUAUCGCAACACCGGCCCAGAGCCUUGGGUCGACAUACCCAAUCUCGACCUCUUGACCCUACUCUUCGACUCCGAACACGCCCCCUGGCCCCCCGAAACCGUGCUACACGUCGACGCCAAAGACCCGACCAACCAACUCACCAAAGCCAGCCUCUCGACCCUCACGCGCCGCAUCGCCCACGGCCUGCGCACCAAUUACGGCAUCGGCGCCCACGGGGCCGGCCGCGACGUCGUCACCGUCAUCUCGCACGGGCAGAUCCUCGUGCCCGCGCUCUUCUUCGGCAUCAUCGCCGCGGGCGGCGUCUAUAGCGCGGCGUCGCCGCACUCGACGCCCGCGGAGCUGGCGCGCCAGGUCACGCUGGGCCGCUCCGGGCUCGUCGUGUGCAGCGCUGAGUUUGUGGAGUUGUUGCGGCGGACGGCGCCUGAGUGCGGUAAUGGUGGUGGCCUGCCGCUGCGGAAUGUGCUGGUGCUGGAUUCGGCGCCGGGCGCGUGGAGUCUGCGCAGCGUCGAGGGCGGCAUCAAUUGUAUCUCGGCGCAGUUGCUGGAUUGGGAGCGGGUCACGGAUCCGGUGGCGCUGAAGGCGUCGCUGAUUGUGAUUCUGUGGUCGUCUGGCACGACGGGGCUGCCGAAGGGCGUGAUGCUGAGCCACCUGAACCUCGUGGCGGAGACGUAUAUCACUGCGCUGUCGGGUCGGGCGUGGGGGGCGCGCCAGGUGGAGCUGGGGAACGAGCUGCCGCCGUACCGCACGCUGGCGCACUUGCCUAUCAGCCACAUUGCCGGUUUGUUUGGCUAUCUGAUCGGCCCGCAGUACUCCGGUGGGCUUGUGGUCUGGUUGCGCAAGUACAACUGGGUGGAUUUCUACACGAGUGUGUCCAAGUUUGGUGUUACGGCGCUGUAUACCGUCCCGAGCAUCUUCUUGCGGAUCGCGAAGAGCGAGGAGGUGAAAGACCAUUUUCGUACGGUGGAGAGUGCGAUCACAGGGGCGGCGCCAAUGGACGGCGUGCUGCAGCGGGCGGCGAACGAGCGGUUGGGCCGGAAAGUGGGCGGGACUGGAAAGGAGGAGACGUAUAUCGGGCAGACUUGGGGAUUGAGCGAGACGACCGGGGCGGUCACAGCGGUGCCGAAGGGGGAAGUCGACGAGAGCGGGUGUAUUGGAUUUGUGCUGCCGAAUGUGGAGAUCAGACAAAUUGACGAUGAGCUGCGAGACGUCAAGCCUGGAGAGCCAGGGCACAUGGUUGUGCGAUCGCCUCUGGUCACCAACGGCUAUUUCGACAACCCCAAGGCGACUGAGGAAGCGUUCGUGCAGCUGCCGGACGACGACGGCGACAAGUGGUUCUGCACGGGCGAUAUUGCCGUGAUAAGAGACGGCAAAUUCUACAUCGUCGACCGCAUGAAGGAGCUACUCAAGUACAAGGGCCUGCAGGUGGCGCCGGCGGAGAUCGAGAACAUCCUCGCGAGCCACACCGGGGUCGCGGAAGCGGCCGUGGUCGGCAUACCAGGGACGGAGGAGGGUGAGGUGGGUAGCGAUCUGCCGAGGGCAUACGUCGUGAGGAAGGACGAAAGUCUCACGGAGGGGCAAUUGAAGGACUUUGUCAAGAGUCAACUGGCGUCCUACAAGCAGUUGAGGGGUGGGGUCGUGUUUAUCGAUGAGAUACCGAAGAACGCGAUCGGGAAGUAUCUGAGGAGAGAGUUAAGAGAGAGGGCGAAGAAGGAGGUGGCAAGCCCAGGUAAAGCGAAGCUGUAG